GCUGGACUCCGGCAGGCUCGGCUCAAGAGACUCCUUCCUUCCAGCGCGGUUCCUGAGGACCUGGCGGUGCUAGGAGUUUUAACUGAUCUAGCCAGCUGGCAACCAUGAAUGAAUGGAUGAAGAAAGGCCCCUUAGAAUGGCAAGAUUACACUUACAAAGAAGUCAGAGUGACAGCCAGUGAGAAGGAGUAUAAAGGAUGGGUUUUAACCAUAGACCCAGUCUCUGCCAAUAUUGUCCUUGUGAACUUCCUUGAAGAUGGCAGCAUGUCUGUGACCGGAAUUAUGGGACAUGCUAUGCAGACUGUUGAAAUUGUGAAUGAAGGGGACCAUAGCGUGAGAGAGAAGCUGAUGCAUUUGUUCAUGUCUGGAGACUGUGAGGCGUACAGCCCUGAGGAUCUGGAAGAGAGAAAGAACAGCCUGAAGAAAUGGCUGGAGAAGAACCACAUCCCCAUCACUGAAGAGGGAGAUUCACGAAGGACUCUCUGUGUGGCUGGGGUCUUGACUAUAGACCCACCAUAUGGUCCAGAAAAUUGCAACAGUUCUAAUGAAAUUAUUUUGUCCCGUGUUCAGGAUCUUAUUCAAGGACACCUUGCAGCUUCCCAAUGAGAGGCCAAGAACUAUGGAUGCACUGAUUGAAAUAAGACUUCAUUUUUUGAAAAUUCUUUGUGGUUUUUGGUAAAAUCAAAGAUGGGGAUUAUCAGUGCUAAUAAGUGAACUGGGCAAAGAUGACAUCACAAACAAAUAAAAUUAACAUAGGGACAUCAGAAUUAUAAGAGCCUUUCCUUUUGAUGGAGAUACACCUCCAUUUCUGUUAGGCAAGAAAUGUAUGUGAAAAAGAUGCAACAUGUUAGAUUCAAUAUA